CUGACUGUUGAGAGAAGGCGGUUCUGGUGUUCCUCGAAAGAGGCGACUAUGAUCUGUACAAAGUCCUUGAUUUUAUCUCCGUGUACACCUCAUGUACCAGUAAUCUUCUUGGAAUGAGUUCCCAGCAUACGACUAGCACAGAGAGUAGCUUCCCUUGAAAUCUUUACUUCGAGAAGACGCGAAGUUCACCUACGCGAAACCAAAAAUGGCGCGCCCUCAGAUCCAUAAAUGAUGAUAAUGCAUUAGAAAAUACAUUGUCUUCUCGUGACUGACAGAACUCUUAUAAACACAAGCAUGGAGGAAAUAGAGCCGUUUGUUCGCAGGUUGUGCAAUGAAGAAGACCUAAGUGUGCUGACCAAGAAAAUGGUACGCAAACGGUACCAGUCUCACUUCAAGAAGGACAGUGUGUCACCAGAGGAAAGACAAAAAAUUAAUGAAGUACUGGAUGUUAUUCUAGAAGAACUUGCCAGAGGGAAUAAGAUUCUUAUUGCAGAUGGCACCACUGAAGAGAGUACAGUGUCUCCUGAGCAGGGCAAAGAAAAUCUUUGUGACUACCAGAACCACACUUCUACCAACUCUCCUGCCACAUCUUUCAGGCACAGGAUAGUCCAUAAAAUACCACGCUCUGAGCUUGAAGGCUCUUUGUCAGGCCCCACACAUUUAAAGCAGAUUGGCCUUCCGCUUAGAAGAGAACACAAGAAAGAAUCUGUUCUGGGCCUUUCUGACAGACACGAGUCCACUCAAGACUCAGGUUGUGUUUCUAUUACAUUUACCAACUCAGCAGACGAGGAUAGUACUACAGACAAUGCAGAGAAAAGUGUUACAAUACCUACCACAGAAGGGAGGGUGAGUGGCAGAUCCAAAGGAGACCUUCAGUGCUCACCUUGCAGACAUGAUGCUGCAUUAACUGAUGUAUGGCAAGAAACAGAAGAAGAAGAUGAUGUGCGUCUCGUGUCCGUGAGCCCUCAAGUUAACAAAUGUGCAAAGGGAAGUGUUUCAGAAAGUGUUCAAAUAAACCAGCCAUCUUUCCAAAGCAAGAUUGAGGAGUCUGGUGAUAGCGGUGAUUACGUAUCAGAAGGUGAAACUACAAGACCUCAUAACACAGACAGCCCUUUGACUGAACCUAAGCUUUCUGUAGAUUGUGUAAGGCAACAUAAAAAUCAGCAUCGGAAAGUUGUAAACCUUCAGUCAGCUGUUGCAGCAGUCACAUCCUCAGAUAGUGACUCGUGUACUGAGCCAAGAUCAAAAGGACUAUAUUGUGUCCCUAAGAAACAUUGGCGAAUUUCUGGUCUUUCGAUAAAAACAGAGCCACUGCUUCCUCACAAACUGGAAGCCCUCGGAGAAAAAUCAAAUGGAAAGAUAUCUUGCAACACAAAUUCAAUAACUUUGUUACAUAAAAAGAGCAAGGAUUUCAAUAAGACUGAACAUGUUCAGUCGUCUCCAGAGGAGACAAGGGGGAAACAGUUUGCUGCCAAAGACUCAGAUUACGAUGCUUCAGAAGAAUGUUCUUCUGUCUUCUCAUCACCAGCACAUGUUUCAACAUCAAAGAAUUGGUCACGUGCCAAACUGACAGCCAGACAAGCUCAAGAUAUUUUAGUGACUGAGCUUCAGUCUGGAGAUAUUCCUGCAUCAUUGUCAGGAGCACAAAUUGACUCAUGUCCCCAGACUUCCAACAUGCAUCCAACAAACAUGGACUCAGGAAGUGCAUUCCACAAGGUUUCACCCCUCUCAGAGGCAAGUAAUGCCAGGAGCAUCAUAGAUACUUUGUUAAAAAUAUCAAAGAAACGAAGGAGUGCUGAGGCAAAGUCACCUGAGAAGAGGCUGAGAAAGCAGGCUUUCUGUAACACUUUACAGAUCAGUCAUCCUGAUUCAAACAGCGAUGACCUGCCCUUGAUGUGCAUCAGAUGGCAGCGUGACCAAGAUAACUAUGUUGUGGCCAGCCGACACAAUAGUGUCAGAUCGUCUAACGACACUCUAAACAAAAAAUUGGCUCCACAUAGCAAUUCAGGCUCUGAUGAGAAACUAGAGCCUUAUAAAACUUCCAGAAACAUGAAAGUCAAAAAUGUGUUUGACACUACAACUUCUGAAUCUAGUGCUCAGUUAUCUGAAAUUUAUUUUUCACCACCUUCAUCAUCUUCAAAACAAAGUGCCAAAGGGAGGGGUUUGGGUCUAAGAGUUAAGCAAAGCAGAGGUGGGAAACAGCUCCAGAAGCCAAAACCCCAGGAUGUAUCAGUAUAUUCUCUUUCAGGGGAGACAACAGAAGACAGCAGUCGAAGAAUAAGGAAGCACACCGGGAAAGUAUACAAGGAGAGUGAUCCAUGGGAGGUUCAUCCUUAUUGUGGUGAAUCAUUUCGUCAAGCUGUGAUAGUGCUGGAAGAUGUUAGCAUGAAAAGAAGAUGUAAAAGUAAACAAAGUGUGAAAAACUCUUUGCACAGAAAAGGUGCUAGCACAGUUUUAAAGCUGCAGAACAAAGGCUUAUGCCAUAAUGCAAUCUCCAACAAUAUGCAUUCUAGUGACUCAGAUCUCAUUGUUGAGAUGGACAGCUCUGUUUAUCACAAGUCGCCGAUUGUGCAGCCACAGCAGUCUCCAUCUGAAAGCAGAGUCACAGCCUAUGCACCAAUAUUAUUGCCCAUAGCCCAGAUGGAGGGGGAAAUGGAGAUUGUUUUGGAUGCGAGCAGAGAUGAAGAAUGGAUGAAAUCUAAAAGGCGAAAAAUCAACAGACUAUCGUCAUCGGAUGAUGAUGACAGCUCUCAAGAUGCUUUGCUGGCUGAAGAUUCAUCUGGCGUGGAACAAUUAUCUUACACUAUUCAGAAGUCAGAUGGUGACUCUGAUGGGGAAACUAGUGAACUGUCAAAAUCUAGUGGGAGCGAAGAUGAAAAUGGACUGUCCGAAUCACCCAUGAAAAUUAAAUCCAAAAAGCCUUCCUCUCGAAAGCGCCUCAGAAGUAUCUCUCCAGAUAACAAGACCAAAACAGAAAGUAGGCCUCAGUCAGAAAAAACUGAAAAAACUGAACAUCCUUACUUAAAACGACUGAAGCUGAUAUGUCGGAAAGUUGGCAUCUUUGUGCGAAGUGACGUUCAUUUUGCUGGCUGCCAGACAGACAAAGACCGGAUAGAGCGACUGAAAGAAGUUCUUCGCAAGGCUGGGAUGAAAGGUCAGCCCAGUCUGAGCAAGGUAGACAGUGUCAACUUGAAAAAAGAAGCAGCUGAUCUUGAUCCAUCAAAUAUCAUUGAAACAUCAGGAAGACCUCGUAGACAACUAAAAGGAUUCUUUGCUGGUGAAACAAGCUCAUCAAAAGUUGAGAUUUCCACCCGUCAACAGUUUAGCAGAAUCCAAGACUUAGUGACAGUAUCAGACAGCGAUUAGUUGUAAUGAAUUCUGUGCAUGUGCUUGAGUGAUUCCAUUGAACAUACAGUAGUUUAAAACUAAAAUUUGUCGUGUAGUUUUGGUUAUUUGCAAUGCCCAGUUUUGCAUUUUUUUUGUUUUUGUUCAUGUCUUUGACCUAGAGAUAUCUCAUGGCCAGAAUGUAAACAAUAAAAUUGGUGGUUUUAUUGUGGUGCAAUUUCUUUUUGGUCAUUUCAUUGGGUGUCAAGUACAAUAUAUUAUAGAUGAGGCCUUUUACUAAUCACAAAACUAAAAGACGAUUGAAGUCUUGAGAGCACGUGGGCUAAACAUUAUCAUCGUUGUUGCUAGCUUCAUCACUGUACUAAUGCUUUUAGUUGUACCAAAAUGUGUACUAACUUCUGAUGGUGUUAGAAGCAGCACAGACCAAACUAAGAAACAGGCUUCAUUAUUGCUGUCAUGGCUUGGGGCACUUACUUUCUUACCUUGCAUCAGUCAAGAACUUUGAAACACAUAAUUACAGGGCUGCUAAUAAGCUUGGAGAAAUUAUAAUUAUUUCACUUUUUGCAUUAAGUGAAGAAGAUUAGAAGACAUCUUUUAUGUUGAAUUCCAGAAACAAUUUCCCCGAAGACCUUUAAAUUGCAGCAUAUAUAGAUUUGUUGCUAGUAAAGUUGUGUACUGGAGGAUUUUUCUCUACCCCUUGAUAACACUGUUGUUCUUUGGACUGGUUGCAUUGUAGGCAGAAAUUUCCAGCAACAAAUGAAACACUUUUAGUGGAAAUGGGUACAGUCUUAGGAAGGUCUUUUGCUUAAUUUAAAUAAAUUGCUACUUUAUUUUUAUAACAAUUGAUCCAUGCAUCUGGAAAAAGUUUAAAAUAACUGCGAGAUUUACUCACAAAAAAUUGUGUGUGAGAGACACACACAAAUAGAUGUAUAUCCACAAGACUCCUGACAAGCAGUUUAAUAUAAUUUCUUAUAAAUAAUGCGGUAAAUGAUUUUUAGGUAGCUAAUGCAGUAUUGGUUAAAAACUCUUGAUCAUAAGUAGAAUGAUGAGCGACCAAACAAAGCAGGAAUUAAAAUGUUCUACUAAGGUUUGUUUUUUUUUUCUAAUCUUGCAAUAGGUAAAAAGCUCAGCAAUAAAGUAUCUGAUUAAAGUCUUACCUUAACUAAGUUUGUGAAUGUUGAAGCACAUCACAAAACAGUUGCAAGGCAUUAUGCUAGCUUAAUUUUGUAGAAGCUGACUUCUUUUAACUGAACAAAUUUUUAGAUUUUUGGAAAUUUUUUGUUCCUUUUCAGUGUUAAUUUACUUUAGCAGAUUGUGAUGCACAGACCAAAUAAUUUUUUUUUCCAAAAUGCAGCUUUAAGUGUUUUUCCUUGACAGCGAAAUUGGAAAGUCAUGCUCCUUGGUAUUUGCUUUGACCAUUGAUAACAUUUGAAAGUAGAAAUAUUUUUUAUGUCACAAUUCUUAACACUUAUUCUGUUUAGCAGACUGUUUUUUAAGACUAUUUUUCUUAACUCAUUUAAAAGAUUUUCCUCUUUAUAUCUCACAGUUGAGGGAGAUGGUAACUGAAAUUCUAACCCUUGGCCCACAUUGUGUGCAGUGUAUACCACCUCUCUUCCGCCUUUUUAACAUCUAUAGAUUUUCUCUUUCUAGCUUUUCCAGAGUUGCCAAAUAGAGUCCAUAAUAUUUUGUGCAGAUGCUGGAAGGUGUUUACUAUAUCUAUCAAAUAUUUUUUUCUUUCAUCCAUCAUAGAAAUUUGGGUUAGUAUUAUAGUGACUGGCAAUAACACUUUGACAGAUGUUUGUUUCAUGAAUGUUAGAAUGGAAUUAUGCCUACAAUUUUAUAACAUCAGUACACCAUUUUUGUGCCAAUGAUUAAAGUGGUCUGAGGGUUGAGUGACAGUAGACAAUAGCUGCCCUUCACAAUAUGCCAAAUAUAUUCAACUGAUGGCUGCACAUUUUUUCAAUGGGAAAAAAAUUCUCAAUAUUUUUUUUUCCUUGUCUUCCCAUCUCUCUACCGCCUGUGAAGUAUUAACUGCUGUUCACUCAAAAUCACAUGAUGAUACUUUUUCAGAAAUAAUGUGUUGCCGUUGGUGCAGCUGUAUGCUUUGUAACUUCACAUGUAACUUUUGAGUGUUGGUGAAAAUGUUGGCUAAUGUUAAGCCUUGAGAGGAACAUAAAUCCUUCCAUUAUCCUCCUUGUUUGUGAAUAUUUGGUUCGUUAUAUUUUGCCAUUAAUAUGUUUUGAAGACCCAAGUUUUGUUUGGAGAUUUUUGAGACAAUGUUACUCAUUAUUCACUCUUAUAAUGACAGCAUUUCUUUCCUCAUUAUCACCUUGAUAAGUGAUAGAUUAUCUUAAAUGUCAAGAUCUUGCCACUCUUUCAGCUUCUGAUCUUUGACUAGUAGAUUUUGCAUAUUCAAUACCAAAGCCAUUUGGACAACACGUUAACUUUGGUUUUCUUAUUUAGAGCAUCAGCUGUAGUCAGUAACACAAUCUCUAACCGUGCAACUUGGAGUCUUCCAUCCACAUCUGGUGCUAAAUGUAGCCCACUUUAGUCUUGUAGAAAAGUAAGACAAUUCUUUAAUGGAACCAGGCAUGUCACACAUUGUACCUCCUGUUUCAACAGAUUUAAUUAGAUACAGGCAAAUCAUUCUUAACGACAAAUUGUAAAGGAAUUUUUUUUUUUUUAAUUAGAAACCAUUCUACGUAGAUUAUAGAAUUAUUUCAGUGAUGCAUGUGAUCAUGUAAAAUCACAAGUGACAACAUUAUAUCUUAGGUCAAAAUAUUUGAACUGUGUUUACAUUGCCUUUGACAAGUUCAGUCCAUGGAAUAUGUACAUAGUGAUGGUGCCUGUGUUUCAUGAAUAUUCUUGUUUGAGUAGAAACAACUGCACACAAGCACAGAAAAGUUUUAAGCACAGAUUUAUUGAACCAUGAAUGUGUUUAUGGAAGUGCGUGCAGUUUUUCUUAGCUUUAUUUGCUUUUUUGUUGUUGUUGCUUGCAUUUUUAGCAGAUCACAAAUUUUGUUCAUUUCUUCCCACCAAAAGCAUUCAAGUUGUGUUUUGAGAUUCUUGCAUCAUUCAAAAUUAAAUAACAUCAUAAAA